AGGCAGUAAAGAAGAAGAACAUUAUGUGUAAACAAAACAGACUUAACUUUUGUAGGUUGGACUAAUUACCAACUUUUCUGAAUGGAAAAAUGUCUUUUAAUUUGGACGAAAUUAGCAAAUAGAGUGUGAUAAUAUGUAGUAGAAUAAGUUAUUUACAAACAGAAUGCUAACGGCCUAUCCAUUAUUUGAAGAAAUGUGAAUGGAGCAGCUGACAAUUUCUACACUUAACCAAAAUGGAACGAUACAUUCUCAAAAUCACACAUGUUGUGAGACAUGUUCUCAGAAGGAAUGCUGUAUUGAAAAUCUGUUUGGGCAUUCUGGUGUUAACUAUAAUCUACCUGAAAAUGGCCUCACUGCAAGGUCGGAAGACUGUGUAUCAACACUACAGGAUAGUGGAGGGCCAGAACGAGGGUUUGACAGCGUCGGAGCCGCAGGUGUUCCGUCUCAAUGGCCAGAACCUGACAAUAACCAGUGGUACUAUCCACUACUUCCGGGUCCACCCGCAUUACUGGCGUGAUAGGCUUCGCAAGCUGAGGGCUAUGGGUGCAGUUGCAGUCGAAACGUAUGCCCCUUGGAACCUACAUGAGCCAUAUAAAGACAAGUACGAUUUUGGUAAUGGUGGUUUUGAAAUGUCGCCAUUCCUGGAUGUGGUAAAGUUCUUGAAAAUGGCUCUAAAGAGGAAGACCUGCUAGUUAUAUUCCGCCCAGGCCCUUACAUUUGUGCAGAAUGGGACUUUGGAGGCCUUCCAAGUUACCUGCUGAGUGACGGGGCUAAAGUCCGCACUACUGAUCCUGCCUAUUUGUCUCGGGUGGAGAAGUACUUCAGUAAAUUGCUGCCUCUGGUGACUCCACUACAAGUCAUCUAUGGAGGUCCUAUUAUCAUGUUUCA